UUAUUACUUUAAGAUUCUGCUAUUUUGAUCUCUGAAGAAAACCAACUUCUUGAUUUCUCAGUUUAAUUCAAAUCCCAUCUCGUUUCUUGAUUCUUUGUUUGUUUUAAUGCAUUGGGUCUUGAGUUUAGACUUGAUUGAAUGUUAAAGAUUGAAUCUUUUUGGUGUUUAGACAUGAAUGAAUGUUAAAGAUUCAAUCUUUUUGGUGUUUAUGGGAUUAUGGAUUUCAGAUCUGGAUGUAAGGUGCAUUUUGGAUUGUGGAUUUGAUGUUUAUGAAAUUCUAGUGAGUUGGGUCUGUUUUAGUUGAGUUUAUAAGCAUUGUUUGACGAUUCAUUUUCUUUUUUUUUUGGGGGGGGCAUUUUUUGAGUUGUGGGAUGAAGUGGGGUUAUGGGUCAAAGUCAAGGUGUCGCCAAAGCUCAGUGGUGGCUGUGGCGGAGGAAACAGAGGGGAUUGAUGAAGGGUUUGUUGAGAGCUAUUGGGCUAAUUUGCCUACAGAGUUAUUGAGAGAGGUUCUUAUGAGGAUUGAGGAUACAGAAUCUAAAUGGCCUUUGAGGAAAAGCGUUGUAGCUUGUGCUGGAGUGUGUAGGAGCUGGAGGGAGAUUAUGAAGGAGUUAGUGAAGACUCCUGAAGUUUCUGGAAAGUUAACUUUCCCAAUUUCUGUCAAGCAGCCUGGUCCACGAGAGACACUCCUUCAGUGCUUUAUUAAGCGAAACCAGACAACACAUACAUUUCAUCUAUACCUCAGUUUGACUCAAGCAUUGGCUGAUGAUGGCAAGUCUCUUCUUGCUGCUCGGAAGUACAGGAGGCCCACCUGCACUGACUAUACAAUAGCACUUGAUGCAAAUGAAAUGUCAAAGGGAGGUGGCACUUGUGUCGGGAAAUUAAGAUCAAAUUUCCUUGGAACCAAGUUUACUGUAUACGAUUCUAUUCUACCUUAUGCUGGAGCCAAGCUGGUGAAGAGCCGUUCCACUAGGCUUGUGGGCUCAAAACAAAUGAAUCCUAGAGUGCCUACUGGAAACUAUGAAGUUGCUCAUAUUUCAUACGAGUUGAAUGUACUUGGAGCCAGCAGGGGGCCAAGAAGAAUGCAUUGUGUGAUGGAUGCUAUCCCAGCUUCUGCCAUUAAACCUGGAGGUACAGCUCCCACACAGGUUGAUUUUCCAAUGGGCAAUAGUGGUUCCUCUCUUCCAAUGUGGUUUCUUCGAUCCAAAUCAAGUCGCUUAGAGAAGUCUUUGUCUGGGCCUGUGGAAACUCAAAGAGAAGGUUCACUGGUUCUGAAAAAUAAGGCUCCCAGAUGGCAUGAGCAGCUCCAAUGCUGGUGUUUGAACUUUCAUGGUCGGGUAACUGUCGCCUCAGUGAAGAACUUUCAGUUGGUGGCUUCUCCAGAGAAUGGUGCGGCUGGACCAGAACAUGAGAAGGUUAUUUUGCAGUUCGGUAAAGUAGGGAAGGACAUGUUUACAAUGGAUUACCGCUACCCAUUAUCAGCAUUCCAGGCGUUCGCCAUAUGCCUUAGCAGCUUUGACACUAAAAUUGCUUGUGAAUGACUUUGUCUUUGAGCUUUAAUAUCCAAAGAUCAUCGGUGUGUGCAUAUUUUGUGGUUGCUUGGAAGUGCCAGUGUUUGAAUGUGAAGCACAAGAAUGGAAUGGUGCAAAUGCCAAAUAAGAUGCCAGAGUAGAUAAUCAUUAAUUCUUGUAUGUUUCUCAAGGACCACACCAGAAACUAAAGAACCAAAGAAUGUUGUUGCAGCUAAAGUUUAGAUAAAUAUAUUAUGAUCCUCUAAACAUAUUUUGUACAUUUCCUUUUUUUGUGUAUAUAAUUUUGUAAACUUUACCUAAAUCCCAUAAUGGAAAAGUCUAAUUACUAUA